AUGGCCUCGACCGAUGCAUUUGACGCUUCCGAGAUCUCGGCCACAGCUCAGGCACUCCUCCAAGCGCACUACGGUCGUUUGAAGCACGGCGCUGAUACUGCUGCACCGACCGACUCGCUUGCAUCUCAACAGACGCAGCUCAGCAGACUGGAACAAGCUAUUGCCAAUGUGGAUCGCAUCUGUCUGCAACUGGAUAACAUUCAAGUAGCUCAUCAGCUGCACGCUGGAACGCCUGCGUCUACAUCACAGGCUGCACGCAUCCUACAACCUCUUGGACCUCUCGCUUUCUGGCCUGCACGACUUGUGUUGGAUUCCGAGCGUGUCUUGAUGCGCCAAGAUCCGCACGGCCUGUCGGUGUGCGAUCAACUCGUAAUGGAAGAUCAAGCUCUGCCGAUGCUGACAACAGCGCCAGCGAAUGACGACAAACUUAGCGUGAGCGUGCGACUGCCAGAUCCUAGCCGGACAAUUCAGGUCGAGUAUGUCCAUGUCACCAUCAAAGACGCGCAGAUGCAACUACAGGCGAGAAAGUCACGGUACCUUGCAUACGCUGCUCAGCUACGCGAGCGCUUACCUGGCGAGUUGCACAACGGACGACAAGCUUUGAUCAACAAGACUACUGUAACAGCCAAGGCUGAAGACCACAUGGUCAACGAGAAGAACGAGGUGCUCAACGAGGAAGGUCUGCCUUUCUACGAACCAGUCGAGCGGAUUACGGAACAAGAAGCGACGAGGCAGAACAAGGCAUAUAUGCAGCCGUUUGUGCGUGCAGACAAGACAGCAGCUAUGGACAAGGAGGAACGUCGACGAUGGCUGCAUGAUAUGCUGAGCAAAUUCGAGGAGCAAGAGAACGAAAACGGCUCGGACGAGGAACAAGGAGACACGCAACAAACAUCUGCCACUGCUUCCACUGCGAGAGAAGCAUCCUCGCCGCAGACAGCACAGUCUGCAGCACAAGAGACCCGCGUCGUCCUGCGCACGCGCACUCCGAGCCCACCACCGUCACCAGACGAUGAGUCAAAAUCAAAAUCACUCCCGGAAAUCGUAUCCGCAGCGAGGCCUCCUCCGCCCAAAUCUGCACUGAAGCCAAGCGCAGCACGUCCGUCGGUUGUCCAACGUCCCUCGUUUGGUUCGACCGGUAUUCGUCAUGGCUUUCUCAAUCUGAAUCCAUCCAGCCCAGGCGCGAUCAAGAGCUCGUAUUCAUGGGAAGAUCUCGAAAAGGAAGAGAAGAAAUCCAUCGCUCCCACUGAUACAGAACGAGCAUCCAGAAGUCAGACUCCUACACGCCUGGCUAGCAGUGACUUGACUGGCACUUGCUCACUACUUGGCCGACUCACAGAUGCCGGGUCGAGUGCUGCGACGAGCGGGACGAGUACGCCGACCAAAAAGAGCGUUCGCAUACAGAGCCCCGAGCGUGCGCAUCCAGAAGCAACCGCUGGUUCCGGGAUGACGCCUCUGCAGCGCGCGUUGCGAUCCAGUAUCCGCGUCAAGGAGAACUACGACCAAGAUCGCGUCACGCCAUCUCAGCCGGCGCCUGGUUCUUGCGCAACCUCACGUUCGCUCCAGUCCGGAUCGGGCACAGCAGAGAAGCGUCAUCGCGACGACAUCGGUGUAGAACAAGAGGCGGAGCGUAUCGUCAAGCUUCUUGGACCAGAUGUGGUUGAGGGUCAUCCAAACGCUCCACCUCCGGACGUACUCAAAAAGAUGCAAGAGGCGCACGAGGAGCAGAAACGAUGGUGUACUCCAGAGGCGAUUGCUGCACGCGCCAAGCACGAACAAGACGAGCGCGAGUCCGAGCGGCUGCUGAGACUUGCCGAAAAGCCGGCGCUUGGUCACAGCGUAUUGGAAAGGCGCAAAACCAGCGAUCCGGCGCAGGAUCCAAGGCAUGCUUCGACGCCGGUCAACACGCAUGCGCAACAUGCCACGUUCAGCGCUUUCAAGCAAGGCUUUUUGAACCAGAAGCCUACAAGUUCGAAAUUCGUGCCCAACCAGCGCGUGCCGCGAAAAGAAGCGGAUAGCAUACCCACUGCUCCGACACGGUCUCUGGGCAUGUCGGCGUUAGACAGAGCUUCUCUGGGCGAUGACGAGCUAAGCCAACGUCGACAAAACAUGGGUCUUUCUGCCGCCGUCCCACAUGCGAGACCGUCCAAGGCGUACGCGGAGAAAAUCAAGCAGAGGCAGCAAGGUCAAGAGCCCGAGCCGAAUGCGGAGGACGAGUCGGACCUACAAGUAAAGCUGGCUCGACCCUUGGACAAGGAUGAUGUGCCUCGAGCUGGUCGUGUGCGUUUCGACGUGCCUGCCGAUGCCACGGCUGGUGAUGAUGACGAUGAACAAGAGCGCGUCUCGGAGAUCAACCCUGGCGCUGCGCUCGAAAACCACCUGCCAAAACAUGUCGAUGACGCCACCGAACUGGACGACGAGCAGCAAGAUGCCAAAAUCCAGCGCCAAGGCGCCGACACGGAUGAAGAGGAUGCCUACUUUGACUCGUACCUCUCCAACCGAUCUCGGCGCGCUGCUGCGAUCGACAGUCGCGGCUUGGACGUGCAUCAGGACGACGAUGACGAGCAAGACGAUUCUGACGACCAAGAUGAUUUUGACGACCAAGAUGAUUUUGAUGACCAAGAUGAUUUUGACGAUCAAGAUGACGACUUUGACUACGAUCCAGACGACCUCAUGGCGCUAGCACCUAGUUUCAAUGCGGAUCAACAGAGCUUGUCGGCAUAUCCUGAGCUGCUCAAGGAAUACGAGCAGGCACGAGCAAGGAUGGCUGCCAUGGGACUCGCGAUGCCGCGUAGUGGUGAGACCAGCCAAGGCAGCGACGCAAAGCGUGACGCGAUCAUGGCUGCAGCACGAGCACACGUCGAUCGGGAGCACGCCCAGGACGACGAGGACGAAGAGGACGACUACGAGAUGGAUAUUGUACCGCUCGAUGCGGCUGUGCAAGACGCCGAGUACCAAGGCAACACGUCUUCUAGUGGUCACGGCUCUGGCUCGCGCAUCUCACGCUUCAAGGCGUCGCUCGCACAGCACAAGAUCGCAGGUGGUCGCACAAAGACAUACAACCACCAUCUAGAUGACGUGCUGUCAUCAGCUCAGAAUUUCGGUCCGUCUCAAACCGCAUCGUCGAACAAUCUCGCGCGUUCAGCCGCAUUCGACAUGGACCGCACGCCAACACAACCCAACGUUGAACCAUCCGACGGCGCACCUGUGAUGAUCAUCCCUCAACUAGCUCCGGUUCGCUUCCCCAAGAACGGCGAUCUGGUUGAGGGAGAAGCGAGCGGGCCUGUCGAGCUCGAUGGAGGCGAGAGCGACCAAGACGACGAAAUGGCCGAGAUGGUGAUGCGUAGCCGCUUGGAGAGAUUGGAGUGGAAAAAAAAUCAUCCCGAACAGGCGUCGAGAUUGGCGGAGAGCAAGAGAACCAAGCAGAUGGUGGAGCGCGGUCAGGCGCCGCCGCCAGUGGUGACCAGGCAGCACAAGGUGGAGCGUGGUGCGAACGAGGCUCACGAGGCCCAAGCGGAUGAGUGCGAGGCGAAUCCACCAAAACCCAAGCUGAGCCGAUUCAAGGCUUCCCGUAUGGCUCAGUGA